GGGCUGCGGAAAGAUGGCCGCGGCCAUGGCGGCGUCCGCCCUGGCGGUCACCUUCGGGCGGCGGGUGUCCGCCUGCGGCCGCAGCCUCCUGAGGCCCCCGGGGCCCGGAGCGGCCUCCCUGUGGUCGGCUUCUCGAAGGUUCCGUUCCCAGAGCUCUUCGCUUCCACAAAGAUUUGUUCCUAAAACAACCCUGAGUUCGCCUCCGUGGCUAGAGGUGGUUCUGCCGGACCCCGUGGAGGAGACCCAGCACCACACAGAGGUCGUGGGAAAGGUGAACCAGCUGAUCGCCGCAGGGCAGUUCGGCCGGCUCUUCGCCGUGGUGCACUUUGCCAGCCACCAGUGGAAGGUGACCGCUGAGGACCUGAUCCUCAUUGAAAACGAGCUGGACGUCGUGUGCGGAGACAGGAUCCGGCUGGAGAAGGUCCUGCUGGUCGGGGCGGCCGACUUCACGCUGCUGGGCAAGCCGCUCCUGGCAAGGGACCUUGUCCGAGUAGAAGCCACAGUCAUUGAGAAGACAGAAUCAUGGCCAAAAAUCAACAUGAAAUUUAAGAAAAGAAAAAACUUCAGGAAGAAAAAAAUCAUUGUGACCCCGCAGACCGUCCUCCGGAUAAACACCAUCGAGAUUGCGCCGUGUCUGUCGUGAUCACCGAGCUCAUGUUUGCAGAUGUCCACAAGUAAACUUCCUUUCCAGGGACA